ACCCAUUUCCCUUCUCCAUCUCCACUCCAUUGGCCACCACCGUUAUCCAUUCAAACACACACUCACAAACCCAACCCCACCAUACCCACUUCUCUUCAUGUCUCUCUUCCUAGCCGCAACUCACCACAACCUCUGCCCUCACUCUCUCGGCAAUUUCAAAGUUUUGGUAGUCAAUUGUGGGAUGUGAGCUUGACUAUUCAAGCUCUUCUUACUAGAGAUCUCACUAAUGAAAUUGGACUUGUAUUGGCAAGAUGGCACAGCUUCAUAAAAAUAUCUCAGGUCAGGGACAAUCCUUCUGGUGACUUUAAAAGAAUGUAUCGUCACAUGUCUAAAGGAUCAUGGACUUUCUCUUAUCAAGAUCAAGGAUUACAACUUUUUGAUUGCAUUGCAGAAGCUUUGAAGGGCAUCAGUUAUGCUAAGCUUGCUAAUCUGCCUCCUAUUGUGGGUCUAUAUUCCAGCUUUGUCCCUCCACUUGUGUAUGCCGUUCUUGGGAGUUCUAGGGACCUAGCAGUAGGAACUGUUUCCAUUGCUUCUCUUAUACUAGGAUCCAUGCUUAGGCAAGAAGUGUCUCCAAGCAAAGACCCCCUCUUGUUUCUUCAACUAGCCUUUUCUUCAACCCUCUUUGCUGGUCUCUUCCAAGCUUCUUUAAUUUUAUUCGAUUAUAUAGAUUGCUAUUUUUUUUUUCCUGAGUGAUAUAUUUUUGAAAACUAUAGUUUGGAUAUUGUGUUGACAACUUCUUUUGGUAUCAUGGAUCAUGAAGAGGCUAGGAGAAAGAAUGUUGGUGGUAAAGUGGUUGGAUUUUUUUACUAGGCUUAAUUUCAAGAGUGUGUGUGUGUGUAUUUUUGGGUGUAUUUCCAACUCGGUUAAUAUAGGAUGGUUCUAUGUUUCAUUCGAUGUGUGUGUGUGUGUGGAAAUUUGUGUACCCACAUUUUAUGAAGAUUGUAAUGUUGCCUUUCAUUUGCUCUUAGUCUCUCACCUUUAGAUAGACUACAAAUUUGAUUAUCAUUCAAUCGGGUUAUAUGAAUCACAAUUUACUACAAUUUUUAAG